UGGUAUGCUUUUGAGACAUUUCUGCCAAGAAAGAUAUUUUAUUCCACGAAAAAAGCAACCCAGAGAAUUUUGUGCUUUUCGAGCCCGAGCCAAAAUGAGCAAGGACGGUGCCAAACGAGAGGACUCCAAGGAGCGAGAUCGGGAUGACCGCGAUCGGCGCCGGCCGAUGGUCAGCAGUGACACGAACGACCCUAGGUCGAUUAACGCCCGAGUGUUCAUAGGUAACCUACCUACCGACAGGUUGACCAGACAAGAACUGGAAGGCCAGUUUUCCAAGUAUGGACACAUCACAGCAUGUUCCCUCCACAAAGGCUUUGGGUUUGUCCAGUUUGCUGAGGAACAAGAUGCCAGGGAAUCAGUCAAGGGAGAGGCGGGAAAGACUAUAAAAGGCUUCAAAGUUGACAUCAAGAUGGCAGCAGAAGGUAGGAGGGAGCGGAGACCUCCCGGAGGAGGUGGCGGCGGGGACCGCGGAGGCCCGGAUCGCGGCGGCCCGGAACGUGACAGGGAUCGUAGACGGUCGCCACCCAAAGCCAGAGACCCCUAUGGAAGAGACCCAUACGAUCCCUACUACGACAGGGGGCCGCCAGGACGCCGCGACAGAUCACCGCUUCGGGGGGACGACUACGACGAGCGUUAUAGAGACUACUACCGUGGAAGGGACGGAGAUCCACUGUUAGAAAGACGGCUGCAGGCCCUGAAGAACGCCAACUACGACGUCCUGAGCGACUCCCCCCAGCAGAGACGCGACGACCCGUACGCGGACAGGAGAGACCCUUACGCACGUGAGCGAUACGAAGAGAUGUACCGUCGCUAUGACGAUCUAGGUAAACAGCGCAGCAGAGAGGACCCUUACCGCAGAGAUGAGUAUGAAGAGCGUCUGCGUGCUUACGAGCGUUACUACGAGGAGUUCACCCAGGACAGGCCACUGGACUGUGAGAUUAUCGUUGUCCAGAAAGCUCAAAGAAACUAUGCUGAGAUGGUGGAGCGUCGUCUCCGUGACCUGCGGCUCCUCACCGACAUGAUCUUCCUGAACGAGCAAGUGUCUCUCGCUCAGGCGCUCGACGACGUGUCACGCCGCGGGGUCCUGUACGCCGUCAUCGUCACCAGCCAACACGAGAUGCAUCGCUCCGUCACCCUCAACAUCCUGCACGGCACGCCACAGGAACACAGGAACAUGCCGCUAGACGAUUCAAUGCAACUGGUCGCGCGUAACUUUGAACGUUACAUGCAAGACCUGCGUGAGCGGCAGGCCGCGGAACGAGCGUCCUCGACGUCUGCGGGACCCGCCGCAACCGCCGCCGCCGAACAGGCCCCCACGAUUCCCCAGCUGCUGAAUUUGCUGGCGGACGGACGACAGGUGACGGCGGAGGAGAUCGGACGAGUGAUCGAGUAUUUGCAGGACCGCCGCAGCCGGCUGCUACAGAUGCAGGGAGGACAGUCGGGGGCUCAGCAAACCCCCGCUACCGGAGCGCCCGGCCCCGCGGCCCAGUCUAACCUCGGCGGGCCGCCCUCCGCUGGUCCCGGGGCGGUCCCGGGGGUGAACCAGCAGCACCAGCAACAGGCAGAACUUCAGGCCAAGAUCCUAAGUAUCCUCAACCAGGACGGGAACGCACAAGCCUCGCAGGCCGGUCCCAACCCCCAGGCCGCCGCCAAGCCUGCCGCCAUCGCUGCAUCACCAGCAGGUGGCAAGCCUCCAUCCUUGCUAGACAUCUCUGUACAACCAACCGGACAUCUGAAGGGCGUGGGGACGCCGCAGCAGGCGGUUAACCAGUACGGGAUGGCGCAGCGCGCGCAGCCGACGCUACCGCCCAGCAGCCAGGCUACGAGUACCCCCAGCAGUCUCAACUUCGACAACCCGACGGUACAGAAGGCGCUGGACAGCCUGAUCCACUCGGGGCCGAACCUGCUGAAGAACCUGAGCCAGGCCGGGCCGCAGCAGACGCAGACGCCCAACACCAACCAGACGGCGGCGCACAUGGGGCAGUACGGGGGCGCGCAGCAGGGCAUGGGGGCGCAGUACGGGUCCCCCCAGGGUAUGGGGCAGUACCCCCAGGGUGGGCAGCAGCACGGCAUGGCAGGGGGGAACCACCAGAUGAUGGGGGGUGGGGGUAUGGGUAGGAACCCUGGGAUGGGGCAGCACGGUCAGAUGAUGGGGGGUGGGGGGAUGGGGAACAGUUUGCUUGGAGCGGGGCCGCCAGGGAUGCCACGGGGGCCGGGGCCGAUGGGAGGAGGGGGGAUGGGGGGUCAGCGACGGUACUGAAAAAAAUUAACGUGUCAGCACUUUUCUAGAAUGUUAUAUAAUUGUUAGCGGACCAGUUAAGGAUAAUUAAUGUACGUUUUGUGUAGAAAACUGUACAUGUUACUAUAAUAGCAGUGUCGUUAAGUACUGUAUACAUAAUAAACGCUUCAGUUACGUUUUAUUGUUUUUUCAUUUUACCUGAGCAGUAAUUUUGUAGCUUUUGAUAGUAUUGAUGUAAACCUGUAGAAGUUAAGCAAAUGUCUGUACUUGCUUGACAUUAAGAAUACUGUAAUACUACAUGUAUAUGAUAGAACUGCUUUUUUGUAGGCUCUCUGAGAUUGCAAUAAGUACAAUGUUGUGUAUUGUAACAGCAUUAAAGUCAUGCUAUGGCAGUGUGGCAAAAUGUGGCAGUGUGUGUAGACAUUUGUAUGUUACCAGCAGGAUACUAACAUCUCAUAGUGUUCUUGCAUUGCGUAAAAUAUACAAGUACAAUACAUCAACAGUGAUUGUCAAACACACUUACCCCAACAAAAUAAUAUUAUAAUUGUAGAAUGCCACUACUACAUGUACAUCUAAAACUAAGUGUAAACAUGCCAGUCUGUAUGUCAAUACUUAGUAUACAUUGUCUUGUUCAAAUCAGUCCGUUCAUAGAUACAUUCUGGAUUACAACCACUAUAAAGGAAGCACAAAUAAAGUGGCUGUUAAACAAAGUGAAAUGUUAACUAGUGUUACUUCUCUGUAGUCCUUAAGAAUUUAGGAGACUCCUUUUUUUUAGUUCAUUCAUGCCACCUUGGUUAGUCUUUGUUAACAGUAAGCUUUAAAAAUGUAUAAUGCUAAUGAUAUUAUACAUGUACUUUCAUAUAACCAUUAUAUGUACGAUCAGUUUUAUCUUGGAUAUUGGCUGCUCUGUAGAUACCUUCUGUAGCACAUUUCUGAUUAAAUAAAGUGUUUCCUACUGCUUACCCUCAUACUUCAAUAAACACUUUUUU